CCUACAUUAAAAAACAGCCUAGAGAUAUCAAAUAAUGUUGAUGACUCUAAUUUUUAUUGUAUGCUAUAUAAGCAGAGAGUUUAUACAGCGCGUAUCAUUUCUAUGUAUCUUAGCGUUUUAGAAAAUGGAAUAGUUUAAUUUAAAAAAAAAAAAUCGAAUUUGUUAGGAGAGUUACAGCACUAGCAGCAUUCAACAUGCCAGAAAAUGACACAAUUGGCGUCACUCUUGGCAGCAGCCUAGACAACUUGGUUAUCUCUCUUGUGGAAGGUUACCACAAGAUCACGAGUGAUGAGGCCAAGGAAGCUCUGGAAACUAUUUUCUUUUUCCUUUUCUCCGGAGUCAUUAGUUUUGUCGGCGCUAUAGCAAACAUCAUUAAUAUAAUCGUUUUUGUUAAACAGGGUUUCAGCGAGACAGUUAACAUUACACUUCUGGGUCUGGCGAUCUCGGACUUAGGUUCACUGAUCACUUUGAUUUGGAUGAGUGUCUGUUUUAGCCCGUGGUUCAGACAGUCUCCACACAUUCCGUUUGACGCCAAGGACAUUCAAUACUUGACCGCAGGAUGGCCUCACGUCUGUUUCGCAAGGAUUACAAGCUGGAUUACAGCUUUCAUUACCUUCGAGAGAUGCCUCUGCAUUGCCCAGCCCCUCAGAGUCAAACAAAUUAUCACUCCGCGAAGAACUGCUUACACCAUCGUCUCCAUCUUCAUCGCCAUGUUCGUGUGCGUCGCUCCCGUUUUCUGCGUCAUCGGCAUCGGCCGGAAGAACUUCCCAGACCGCAACGUCACCCUGAUGGGACUCGUGUACGCCAGCAACGGCCCGAACGUGGAAAACAUCUCUUUCUCCAUCACUGUCUUUGCCCAGCUCAGCUCUUUCGCAAUCGUCAUCGUCUGCACUGUCAUCCUUGUGCGAAACCUGAUGCAGAAAUCAAAAUGGCGCCAGACUGCCACAACCAGCGAGCUUGCGGCUGGGAACAAGAACGCGCUCUCCACGCGCGAUAAGAAGGUGGUUGUCAUGGUGACGUUUAUUUCCUCCAUCUUCAUUGCCUGCUUUUUGCCAAGUGCCAUGAAUCUUAUCCUGAUGAUUCACUAUUCUCCUGACUACAGCGUAGUUGGCAGGGAACAGAACACGUUCCUUGUUUCCUGGUCGAUCAUGAAUACUCUCGAGGCCUGCAAUAGCACGUUGGGCAUAUUUGUCUAUUACCACAUGAGCUCGAAAUUUAAAAAAGAAUUAUUGGCCUUGUUUGGUAAAGAAAAGGAUCUGUCUGAUAAAGUUGACUCCUAGUAGGUUUAAGUGCUCAUUACUCGCUUGGUAUCAUUGUCAAAGUAUGAGCAUUUUUUAAAAGAAAGUUUGGUUGCUAGACAGUGGACUAACGUUACUGCCUUUCUGAAAUUCAAAAAAACAACAA